GCGGAGAAAGAGAUGCUGUGAUUGGCUUCUGGAAGAUUUGCAGCGAAUCAACGUUGGCUUUACUGAAGGUGGAAGCUGCUGUUUAGUAUUUCGAUUUGAAAAUAUGUCGCUGACUCGGGGCAUCGGCAAAAACGAGUACAUGAAGAAAAGGAUACCCAGAAAUGAAAAGUAUGCCCAUGUCAAAACCAGGCUGGACACAGGAUCGAGCAAAACAAAGUACAUGGAAAGACUGGAGGAGAUGAGAAAAAACUACAGGUAUCGAAAAGGCGAAAUCUUCAAGAGGUUAAAGGUGACGACCUUUGCUCAGCUGGUACUUCAGGUGGCUUCUGUUUCAGACGGGGAUCAAAGCGAGGUCAAUGAUGAAUCAAUCAACACCCAACAAGACGGUCUGUCAGUCAUCUCUGAGGCAGACCUGGAGUGUGAGUCUGAGCGGGUCAACGGCUUGUCGCUGGAGCUGCCUCUGUCGCAACAACACGACGCAGGAGACCGCAGGGAUGGCUGCCACACCGCCAGGUCAACACUCCUCAGCGUCAUCAGCGGCGUUGGAGAGCUGAACGUGGAAGGGGCCAAUCAGAAGACGGCAGAGUCCGUGUCAAGCCCCUCCUCUGCCGACACGCCCUACCUGGACUGCCCCUACCUGCUGCUGGACGUACGCGACCGCGACCAGUAUGACCGCUGCCACAUCAUCAGCGCUCACAGUUUUCCCAUCGCCAUGCUGUCUCGAACUAUGAAUCCCUACACCAAGGAAGUGCUGGAAUAUAAAAAUGCUGUGGGGAAAAUCAUCGUCGUCUACGAUGAUGACGAGAGAAUAGCCAGCCUGGCGGCUACCACCAUGUGUGAGCGGGGCUUUGAAAAUCUCUUCAUGCUCUGUGGGGGUCUCAAGGUAAUCGCCCAGAAGUUUCCGAGUGGAAUGACAACCGGCUCCUUUCCAGAGUCGUACUUGUCCACUUCCAAACCCUCCAAGGCGAGGAAAUCGUCUGUGGCCCGGCCGUCGGCGCAGGAUGCCGAGAAACGCUGGAGGUUUACGUUGGACGAGCUGGAUAAGAUCCAGGAGCAGAUGGAGGAGCUGAUCAUCUCCAAUUACUCAACCAGUCAGCUGUCCAGUCGCACAUCAUCCAUCAGCGGCCGGUCCACGGCCUCCAGCCAUCAGAGUUCCUCCACAGCCGAGAGAAAGAGCUCCAGAGUUCAGAACAGCAGACCCUGGAAAUGACCCUCCACCCCUCUGCCUCUCCUCCUCAAACAACAAGCGGACCUCCAUCAGAAGGCCUCCUCAGGAUUUGUGUUGAUGCUUCUGGCUGCAGUGAGCAAACCAAUUCCAAGAGGCGGACAUUGGCUUUCAAUGUUGCUGCGUUUUCAUCACUACUGCUCAUUUUAUCCACAGGUAAAUGAGCUUUUUUUUGCAAUUUUGGAACAAACCAUUCUACCAACCACAACUGAUAAGGUAGAGUACUCAUUUGUAGACUUAAAAAUGAAAUUUGCUGUCAAACUAUAACCAAAAUGUUCCUUGAUGUCUUUUACCUGUUUAAGUUGCUAUUCUGUAUUUAAUUAUUUUUAUUUUUUGCAUUGUGCCUCAUCUGUGAAAAAGGCCUGUUUGCACUCUAAUCUGUUAAGAUUCUAACAGUUUUUUUGUUUUUUUUGUUUGUUUGUUUGUUUUUUUGGCCUUUCUAUAACAGUUUCACUAACAAGUCUAGAAAAUGCUGUGAAUUAUUGUAUCAUACGAGGCGUAUAUAUGUUUUAAUAGAGCCUGACUUGGUUGCUUAGAAACGCUUAGCUGUUCUUUUAGUGGUUUAUAGCACACCUCCAUAAACAUACACCACUAGCCGUGAUGUGCAAUAGCUGCAGCUGUUUUUGUGGUUGGAGUAACACUGACUGGCUGACUGACUGAGAAUCAGGAUGACAAAAGUUUUUUUUCCCGUCAUGCAGUAUUCAUUGUCUGGAGCCUUUGUGCGUUUGUUCACUUUUGUCUUUAGUUCUCGUCUCUGUAAAUACAUCCACAUUCAUUCUUUGCAGAGCGCGGUUUAUUAAAAAUCUGAAUUUCUUCAA